GCUGCUGCUGCUGCUGCUGCUUCCAUUUACGCCACCACGAGAAACAAGGAUAAGGUCCCUCUUCUCCUCCUUCAGAGGAGCUCCAGCCGGGGCCGGCUGCCUCUGUCGGCCAUAGCGACGCCCAACUCUGUCCUCAGCGAGGAAGCGUUCAAGGGUCUUGGUGGCUUGGACAGCGCCAGCUCCGCACCCUCCCUUCAAUUGGAGGAGGAAGAUGAAGAGGAAGAAGAGGUGGGGACCACCGGCGAUGAUUACCUCUCCGAUGACGAGGAGGAAGCAGAGAAGGACGAGCUCGCCAUUCCUAACCUCGGCCUCCCUCAGAAGCUUGUGGAUUCCUUGCUCAAAAGGGGAAUUGCUCGUCUCUUCCCCAUCCAGAGGGCUGUGUUAGUUCCUGCUUUGGAAGGACGAGACCUCAUUGCUCGGGCAAAGACCGGAACCGGUAAGACUUUGGCCUUUGGAAUUCCCAUCCUUAAGCGACUUACUGAGGAAGAUGGCUUGUUUACUUCGGUUAGGCGGUCUGGCCGUCUUCCUAGGGUUCUUGUUCUAGCACCCACAAGAGAGUUGGCUAAGCAAGUGGAAAAAGAAAUCAAGGAAUCUGCACCUUAUUUUAGUACUGUAUGUGUAUAUGGAGGUGUUUCUUACAAUGUCCAGCAAAAUGCGCUUUCUCGUGGUGUUGAUGUGGUGGUUGGGACUCCCGGACGGAUCAUUGAUCUGGUUAAUAGCAAUAGUCUUCAGCUAGGAGAGGUUCAGUACUUGGUUCUUGAUGAAGCAGAUCAGAUGCUUGCUGUUGGUUUUGAAGAAGAUGUGGAGGUUAUUUUGGAAAAGCUUCCAUCAAAACGUCAAAGCAUGCUUUUUUCCGCUACAAUGCCUGCUUGGGUGAAGAAAUUGGCUCGGAAGUACCUCGACAAUCCUCUGACAAUAGAUUUGGUUGGUGAUCAGGAUGAAAAAUUAGCAGAAGGAAUUAAACUUUAUGCAAUAUCAUCAACUGCAACGUCAAAGCGUACUAUGCUCAGUGACCUAAUUACGGUGUAUGCAAAGGGAGGAAAGACCAUUGUAUUCACACAGACAAAAAGAGAUGCUGAUGAAGUAUCUAUGGCCUUGACCAACAGUAUAGCCGCUGAGGCUUUGCAUGGGGAUAUAUCUCAACAUCAAAGAGAAAGAACACUGAAUGGUUUUCGUCAAGGGAAGUUCACUGUACUUGUUGCCACUGAUGUUGCUGCGCGUGGUCUUGAUAUCCCAAACGUUGAUUUGAUUAUUCAUUAUGAAUUGCCAAAUGAUCCAGAAACUUUUGUUCAUCGCUCUGGUCGUACUGGACGUGCUGGAAAAGAAGGCACUGCUAUACUGAUGUUCACUGGUAGCCAGAGGAGAACUGUUAAAUCUCUUGAACGUGAUGUAGGAUGUCAUUUUGAGUUUAUCAGCCCUCCUCAGAUUCAAGAGGUGCUGGAAUCAUCAUCAGAGCAAGUUGUUGCAACAUUGCAAGGUGUUCACCCUGAAUCAGUACAAUUUUUCCUCCCGACAGCACAUAAAUUGAUAGAAGAGCAGGGUACAGAUGCUCUUGCUGCUGCAUUGGCUUAUUUAAGUGGCUUCUCUCAACCACCAUCUUCUCGUUCUCUCGUCAGCCAUGAGCAGGGAUGGGUGACAUUACAAUUAACCCGUGAACAGGGAUUUUCAAGAGGGGUCUUUUCUGCAAGAUCUGUUAUGGGUUUUCUUUCUGAUGUCUAUCCUGCUGCUGCUGAUGAAAUUGGCAAAAUACACUUGAUUGCAGAUGAAAGAGUCCAUGGAGCAGUUUUCGAUUUACCUGAGGAGAUAGCUAAAAGUUUGUUGAGCAUGCAGUUGCCCCCAGGAAAUACCAUAUUUAAAAUCACAAAGUUGCCUGCCUUGCAAGAUGACAGUCCUCCUAGUGACAACUACGGCCGUUUCUCAGGUAGGGAUCGGGGCAACCGAGGUAGUUCCAGGGAACGUGGAAACAGAGGUUUAAGAGGGUGGGGGGGCCGUGGCUCUGAUAGUGAUGAUGGGUUUCGGCGAGGUGGGCGGAGUUAUAGGACCGAUAAUACCUGGUCGAAGUCCUCCAAAGUAGGCAGUGAUGACUGGCUAAUUGGCAACAGAAGGUCUGGGCGCCCAUCAUCCUUUGGCAGUAGAGACAGAGGCUUUGGAGGUGCAUGCUUCAACUGUGGAAAAUCUGGGCACCGGGCUUCUGAAUGCCUAAAUAACUAAAGCAAGUUCGUUAAACCGUUGCAGUUUGUUUAAUGGAGUUUUGAUGCUGUGCAUACAUUUAAUAUAGUCGUUCCCAGAUUGAUGAUCAGUUAUAACAGACUCACUUGGUUACAACAUGGCUUGCAAAUUUAAGAUGUCCAUGGCAUUGUAAAAUUACAUAGGCUUAGGAUGUUGUGCUUGCAGUUGGAUAGGAUGGUCUAAUCUGAAGUUCUGUAACGAUUUUGUUCCUUGAUGCUUCUUAUGAAAUGGUGCUGGCAUUGACCUGAUGGGGCACGACUGGGGAAAUUUUCUCUUCUUCCAUAAUUUCCGAUGUGUUUUGAGUGCUGGUGGUUUUGCUGAGCUCAAAGAAACUACAUUUAGAUUUGUGAUGGGGUCUAUCUACACGUAGUUGUACUGGUUUGUGAUUUUUGUAAUGCUAAGGGAUUGAUGUAAGAUGCUGUUAUUUUAUUGUUCUAUGGGACGAAAGGUUACCGGGUAGGAAAGAGAA